UUAAAAGUUAGUUAAUUCUGUUAUCCACCAUGAGAGGGUUUCUUUCUCGUGAAACAAAACCAAAACGAAGAGCUAAGAAGGCACUAUAUUCUCUCUUUGUUUCAUCCUUCGCCGGACUCUACUGGGUGUGGCGGAGGAGGAGGAGGAGGGUGUUGUUGCUGUUGGUGGGUCGUCUUCGUUUUCGGCGGUGGUGCGCUACUGAACAACAAUGGCUCCCCAUUUUUACCCAGACGACACCAUUCCUCCGUUCAAUGCCACUGCCGUGGCGGUCGAGAAGGACAACAAGAACAGCAAAGCCGCUGUUCGGUGGGCUAUCGAUAAUCUCAUGCUUACCAAUCCUUUCAUCAUUCUCAUCCAUGUUAGACACAAAAACCAUCGUAGAGAGCACGAGCAGCAGCAGCAGCAGCGAAUCGGGAGACUCUGAUGCGCGCAAUGUUUUCGUUCCUUUCCGGGCAUAUUGUGCUCGUAAAGCGGUUGUAUUGAAGGAGGUUGUUAUUGAUGAUUCUGAUGUUGCGAAAGCAAUUCUGGAUUAUAUCAACAAGAAUUGCAUCACUAAUCUCGUUGCUGGUGCUUCUCAAAGAAAUGCUCUUACAAGGAAGUUUAAAAGCACAGACGUGCCCUCUAGUAUUGUGAAAUCUGCACCAGAUUUUUGUUCUGUGUUUGUGAUAUCGAAAGGGAAGAUAGUAACCGCCAAAACCGCUCAGAGGCCUGCACUCAACACCGCUGCCCCGCCUAGACAACCAUCUCCACAGGGACUGCCACCUUGUGUUCCAAAUGAAUAUGGUGAAUCAGAUCAUGGAGCUAGAGCACAGUACAUGAGGGCAGGGUUGAAAAAUGGAGGAUAUGAUAAAAUGGUGCCAAUAAGGGAGAGAACUAAAAGCGCUCCUUCACUUCUCUUGUUGGAAAACAUGGACCCUCAGAAUAAUGGGUAUAGAUCUUCCUUCGGCUGCGAUUCAAACGCUGAGGAAAGUGACAGUCAAGGAGGUUUUGGUAUAUUUGGAUCGAUUGAUAUCACAGGUCAAAACUUUGAAUUCAGUACUGCCCAAAGUCCCCCAAGAGUAUCUUCAUCCAGACAAUCUACGCAGAGAGAAAUUGAAGCUGAGAUGAAAAGAUUAAAGCUUGAAUUAAAGCAAACCAUGGACAUGUAUAGCUCAGCAUGUAAAGAAGCAAUCUCAGCAAAAAAUAAGGCUAGAGAGCUGAGCCAGUGGAAGCUGGAGGAGAGCAAGAAGUUUGAAGAAGCCAGGAAUUCUGAAGAGGCAGCCCUUGCAGCUGCAGAGAUGGAGAAGGCCAAGUGCAAAGCUGCGCUAGAAGCAGCUGAAAUAGCACAGAGAAUGGCCGAGAAGGAAGCCCAGAGAAGAAAACAGGCAGAGAUGAUAGCCAGGCGAGAGGCAGAAGAGAAGAAUCGAGCAUUGACUGCUUUGUCAAGGAACGAUUUUAGGUAUAGAAAAUAUUCCAUAGAAGAAAUUGAAGCCGCCACUGAGAAGUUCUCAGAGUCUAUGAAAAUUGGUGAAGGUGGUUAUGGACCUGUUUAUAAAGGCAAGCUUGAUCAUACCCCAGUUGCCAUCAAAGUCUUGAGACCUGAUGCAGCUCAAGGAAGGAAGCAAUUCCAACAGGAGGUUGAGGUUCUGAGCUGCAUUAGACAUCCGAACAUGGUCCUCCUCCUAGGUGCCUGUCCAGAAUUCGGAUGCUUGGUAUACGAGUAUAUGAACAAUGGUAGCUUGGAAGACCGCCUAUUUCAAAGAGGCAACACCCCACCAAUAUCAUGGAGGAAACGAUUCAAAAUAGCUUCUGAAGUGGCAACAGCACUUCUCUUCCUUCACCAAACAAAGCCAGAGCCCCUUGUGCACCGCGACCUUAAGCCAGGAAACAUACUCUUAGACCGCAACUUUGUUACCAAAAUCAGCGAUGUUGGCCUGGCUCGUUUAGUCCCUCCAUCAGUAGCCGAUCAAGUAACCCAGUACCGCAUGACAUCUGCAGCCGGGACAUUCUGUUACAUCGAUCCAGAGUACCAACAGACAGGCAGGUUAACAACCAAGUCAGACAUAUACUCGUUUGGGAUAUUACUCCUCCAAAUCAUCACAGCUAAGCCUCCAAUGGGUCUAGCUCACCAUGUCAGUAAAGCCAUUGAGAAAGGAAGGUUUGCUGAUAUGCUAGACCCGGCAAUAACAGACUGGCCCAUUGAAGAAACUCUAGCAUUUGCUAACUUGGCAUUAAAGUGUGCAGAACUAAGGAAGAAGGACAGACCAGACCUUGGUUUGGUUAUUGUACCGGAGCUUAAGCGGUUAAAAGAUUUCAGAAGAACCAUGCUUUAGACUCCUCCCACACUAUAAGAAAGAAAGAAACUCAAUCUGACUGUUUUUCAGUUGAAUCAAUUUUUUUGUUGUUGUUGGAAAUCUGAAACUAGUGUACUGUUAUGUAUCUAAAGAAAUAUAUUUUUUUCAAUGGGGUUUAAACUUUAACCUUUGUGUUUCCUUUUUGUAUGAUUAGGAUGGAGUUGAGCUGCAGUUUCUUAAAAUAUGAGAAAAGAUGGUGACAACUGAAAGAAAAUUCAGGAAGAGAUGAGGUGUGUUACUGUAUAGUGGGUUGGUAUAAUAGACUAUAGUGUAUGCUCUUUCUCAGUGGUUACAAAUAACAAUGAGAAAAAGACUGAUUUUUGGACAUUAUUGUUGGGAAAAUGGUACUGAAAUUUCAUAAAGGGACAUUUUCCAUUUUCAUUGUAAUUGU